CUCAGCGACCCCCAGGAGAGGGUGCAGUCUAUCUACGCACACAUUGGCAAACUGCCCAGGGCCAACUAUGACCUCUUGGAGCGCCUGGUCUUCCACUUGGCCCGAGUGGCCCAACAGGAGUCGGCCAACCGGAUGACCGCCAACUCUCUGGCCAUUGUGUUCGCGCCGUGUAUUUUGCGAACCGAUAAAGUGAUGCAAAUGCAGGACAAGCUCUCAGACAUCGGCAAACAAACUGUUGAACGAAUGGCCCAAAUAAAGGAUACUUUGGCCGAUAUCGACAUAUUGGACACCGCCUGCCAUACGGCCUCAUCCAGGCUCUCAUCACUCAGACUCUCCAAA